AUGGUUGAGAUAUUUGAUCCUAGCAAGGGCAGAUUCAUUGUACAAGACUUGGUUGGCGAAGUGUCUCUCGGUGCCGUGGAUGUUGAGUGCAUCUUGGCCUUGGAGAACCACGGACUGUCGGCAGAAGGUAUUCUCGGUGAGGAAGGUGAGGAUGUUAAAGAUCGAGUGCCGCCUCAAUUCUUGAGCAAGACCACAGGUAACAUAGUCAUCGAUGAUCUGAUUGUGGACAUCACAAAAAAUAAAUCUGCCGACGACGAUUUCCUUCGGAGAGUUGUCCUCGUGUUGCUUGGAACAGUUCUUGCUCCCAUGUCAAGCAAGACUGUACCAAAGCAAUAUUACGCAUUGGUGGACGAUGUGAAGCGUAUAUCCAAGAUUAAUUGGAAUGCAUUCACCCUCCGGGUUCUGCUGGACUGCCUUCGCAACGUGAGGAAAGGCAAACACCUCCGCCAAUGGCCGAGAGGGAACUUAGCUCUCCCGCAGUACCUAUACCGGGAGAAGGUUCAGCCUCUGGAAGGUGAAUGCGCAUUCAAUCCUAGCUUGUCCAUGGAACCUCUAAUGAGGAAUUGGACUGAAGCUGCAGCCUCAAGGAGAGACAAGUUUGAUUAUGACCACGGCCGUGGCCGUGGUAACAUCAAGAUUGAAGACAACAUAACCAAGGAGUAUAGGGCGCAGGAGCGCAAAGUACCUGAACUAGAAAAGCCAAAAAUGAAGCCCGCCGUUGGUGCGGCAAAGAAGUCCAAGUUAGCCUCAAACGCGGACGAGAUGAUGAACCUCAUCAUGAAGCGGUGUAUGGAUUACAUACGCAGCCAAAUGAAGGAAAUACCGGAACAAGUAGCCGAGAGAUUGCUAGAGAAGUUGAACCAAAAUGGUGUGAUGUAUAAGCCAGCGGCUGCUGCGGCUUCCGGCAACAACGAUGCCGACCUAGAACCUGACGAGCCUGUUGUAAACCAGAACAACGAUGAUGAGGAAAAAACACCAGCCAAGUUAAAUGUUGUCAAGACAACGAAGCCUACUGAUGAGUGCGGCGCAACACCGGAGAACCCUUGGAUUGUAGGUAAUUCUCCUCGAGCAGAAUCGUCCGACAUUGACAUUUCUGCAAGUUCUAUCGACAGGAUGGUGGGUAAGAGCAAGGGGAAAAAGUCUGCAGCAACCGCAAAAGAAGACGAUGUUAUAUCCGGGAAGCGCCGACGGACUGUUCCCAAGAAAUUUGAAUCCCCCUUCAAACUUGACAAGCCCGGCAAGCGAAGCGCUCGCGCUCUGUUUAGUGACAAUGACAUGGAAGGCUCUGUUAAGGACGAUUUGACACCGGAACUCAUCGAUGCUACUGUUGCGUUUGUGGAGGCAGCUGCUCGGUCUGAGAAGAAUAUGACAAAAAGAGUUUACUACAAUGAACGUGGCACCUCUGUGACUGUGGAGAGUAUACGACCGAUUAUCGAUGCUUAUCAGACACAUUUGGCUCUGCGCGUUGGUCAUGAUCGGCACCUCUGUCUAGCCUGGAGGUCCAAAUACCUUGUUGAUCGUGCUAAGGCACGAGACAACCCUAAACCAUCGAAAUACAACAUGGAUAGUGCGCUGAGCAGAGCUGGAGCAGUACGUAGGGUUCUGGACGAGUAUACCGUCCGUGAUAAGUCGUUUAUCCCGUUGAACGUCGGCAAUACACACCGGAUCACCGUGGUGAUGCACAACCUCAAGAAAGAAUUUCGAGUUUUUGAUUCGCUCUAUCCUCUCGAGUUCUCUCUCGACACUAUGAAAGCACUGCGACUAGCAAUAGCAAUUGAUAUGGAAGAGGCAAACCGUAUUACACCUGGCAAAUAUCCAGACGUCACUAAGUGGCCUAUCAUACCUCAGAUCGACAUGCCACUACAAGAGGACGGGAACUCUUGUGGCCUUUUUGUGAUUGAAGUUAUGGAGCGUUGGGACGGGGAUCGAUGGACCGCCGAUUUUACCCAGGGCACGGUUAAUGCAAGGAGAAGGCGUCUCGUUGCCGAGUUGGUUCUCUCACCUACCAACACGCUCGAAUGUGUGAAGAACAAAAUCCGCGACAUCGCAAAGAAAAGCAAGGCGUGA